AUUCAGUCCUCCGUCUUCACGUGUUUCUGGCCUUUUGUCCAAAUAUCAUCAUGUUUUGUGCUUUUGUGUUCUGGGGUGUUUCUGAAGGAUCUGUGAACGAGACAGUUUGUUGUUGUGCUCUUUAUAUUGUGAGACCUCUAAUGUUGCUCUGGGCCGCUCCAUAUGUUACAGACUUCACAGGUCACAUUAAUAAACUGAUUUUGCGUCACAGUUACGUUGCAGAAUAUGUUUUUCUCUCAGCUGUUAUUUAUUCAGCUCUUUUAAAAUCUGCCUUUGGAAAACUUCUGAGUUAUGCACAGAUUGAGAGAGUCAUAAUAUCAGUCUUCUUUGGGAUAAUGUUUCUGUACUGCCUCUGUAAAAUCAUUUACAUUUUAGUUGCAAAGAUUGGACAGAAACGUGGACGGAUAUUUGACAUAUUUGAUGUUGUGGUUGAUCUGAUCUUUGAGUUUCUGCCAUCUUUACAAUUCAUUCUUCUGUUCUACAUGUUUGGAUCAGGCAGAGCCGGAUUCAUCAUUGUUGUGCUUUUACCAAUGAUGCUAACAAUGACAAAUGACACAAUGUUUUAUAGAUUCAGAUGGCUCGGCUGUUCAGAUUCGGUCCUCAGAACAGUGCAGUUAAUAUUAAUGUUAGUGAUGAAUGCAGUGAUGAUGGGUUUUCUCAUCAGGACACUGGAAACUGAAACAG